AUGCUCGGCCAGGGCCCGGUGUCCGCCUGGACCGACUGCAGCUCUUCGGCAGAGCCUCCGGCGGUGGCCGGGACCGAGGGUGGCGGAGGCGGAUCAGCUGGACAUUCUUAUUACCAGAAUUCCAGAGAUGGAAUCAAAGAUGGACACAAAAUGAACUCACACAUAGCCAAGCUCCAAGAGUUAUGGAAAACUCCUCAAAUUCAAACAAUUCACAUCCCUAAAUCAAUGACAGAUGUGUCCUUUGUAAAGCAUCCAGACCUCACCAUAGGCCAGAAGCAUUAUCUGUGCAGCACUGAUAAGAUCUGUAAUGUGAACUAUCUGAGGGUGUUAAUGAAGAGGCAGUACAUGCAUAUGAUCCAGCACAACUCUCACAAGCCAGGCGUCCUCACUCAUCACAGGAGCCACCUCAGUUCUCAUCACUCCCAGAAGCAGCAUUACCCCUGCACUACGUGGCGACACCAACUGGAGAGAGGGGACUCAGUGCCUUCCAACAUCGCAGCGGCAUCUGCACCUGAAAUGAUCAUACAGCAUUCCCUUUGGCGACCCGUGAGAAACAAAGGAAGCUUAAAAACUGGAUAUGUGUCUAAAACAAGAUGUAAGUCGCUGAAGAUUUUUAGAAAACCAGGCAGACUGUUCAUGCAAUCAGUUUCUACAAAUGACUUUGAAUCAUACACCAAUGAAGAAAUAAAGGAAGAUUUACUAAGUAAGUGUAUGCAAUCAAUGUCAAUUGAAGAACAGGGAGAACAUCUGAUGUUAACUUGA